AUGGGGGCAAGCCUCAGCCUCGUGCCGGCCAUCGACUACUUCGCCCGUCGCGAGUUCCUAGCCGCCGGCCUCCGGCCCCAUUCAGUCACACUCCCCUACCCCGACGGCGGCAACUCGUCGUCGACGUGCACCGUGCACUACUGGGCCUCGCCGGGCGAGCCGAAGCUCCCGCCACUUCUGCUCAUCCACGGCUUCGGCCCUCGGGCCACAUGGCAGUGGCGCUGCCAGGUGGGCCCACUGUCCCGCCAGUUCCACAUCAUCGUCCCGGACCUGCUCGGCUUCGGCGGAAGCUCGUGGGACUCCCCCACGUCGCCGCCGCCGUCGGAGGCCACGCAGGCGGCGGCACUCGCUGCGCUGCUGGACUCGGUGGAGGGGCUGAAGGGCAAGCGCGUGGCCGUGGCGGGGACGAGCUACGGCGGUUUCGUGGCGUACUGGCUAGCGCGCGAGGCGGGAGCCGGGAGAGUCGGCCCCGUGGUCAUCGCGAGCUCCGACGUGCUCAAGACGGCGGCCGAUGACAGCGGGUUCCUGAAGAGGGCCGGCGAAGGGUGGAGCGGCGUGCACGAGCUGCUCCUGCCGGCCCAGCCGGCCGCCAUGAGGAGGCUGAUGCAGAUGGCAGUGUACCGGCCGCCGCCGCCGAUGAUGACGCCCGACUUCGUCCUCCGGGACUUCAUCCAGAAACUCUUCACAGACAACAGGGAGCAACUUAUCCAUCUUUUCAAGGGGAUCACGGUCGGCACAGACAAGUUCCAAGUGACACCAUUAUCUCAGGAAGUGCUAAUUGUCUGGGGAGAACAUGACCAACUGUUCCCAGUAGAGAAGGCUUUUGCAAUUCAGAGGGCUUUGGACGGGAAAGCAAGAGUGGAGAUCAUAAAGAAAACAGGCCAUGCUCCACAGCUCGAGGACCCGGCCAGCUUCAACAAGAUCGUGCUAGACUUCUUGCUGGCUGCUGACAAGCCUGCAGAUCCUUCCAUCAAUGGCAGCUCCCUAUGAGUUGCACAGCCACCUGCCGCUGCGCCAUUGUUUCGUAAUUAGACAGCUUAGCCACUUCGGCCCAUCAGAGCUACUCGGUAGUGUGUACCACCAAAUUAUUUUGAAAUCACUGAUCAAUAUAAAUACCUGCACCUCAUUUCUCAUUUUAGGGCUCGCUUGAUUCAAACGAACGCAGUAGAAAUUUUUUAUGUUUUAAGCAUUAGGAGCCUUUGU